UUUGCUCUUUAGUUGGGGCACUCGGUGCGCGAUGUGUUACUUACGGCGAAACUCCCGCCGGCGCCGGCAGCAGCAGCGGCAGCAGCAGCGGCGGCGCUCGGGGAGCCUUAGCGGCGUCGCCGGUACUCGAGCCGGGGAGGACGCCGGGCGGCCGCCAGCAGCACCCGCUGCCUAGAGGUGACAGCGGAGGAUCCCGCUGCGGCUCGGAGCACUGAGCUCUUCUACGAAGGAAUAACUUUAUUUUACCUGCUUCCCUCCGUCCGUCCUUUUUUCUUUCUUUUUUGUUUUUUCGCCGCGGCGCUCGGGCUCCGGAUCCGCGCAGCGUCGGCGAAAGCGGCGAGAGGAGCCGGGCGGCGCUCCCGCCGCGGGGCUGGGGAUGGCGAGCCCUGCUGUGCUGGGGCUGCUGCCCCCCCUGAGCUCCCCGCCCGGCCCCAACCUGAACAACAACAACAACAACAACCAGGGCGUCAGGAAGUGCGGGUACCUGCGCAAGCAGAAGCACGGCCACAAGCGCUUCUUCGUGCUGCGGGGCCCGGGCGGCGGCGGGGAGGAGGCGGGGGGCGCCCGGCUGGAGUACUACGAGAGCGAGAAGAAAUGGAGGAACAAGUCCGGGGCGCCCAAGCGGGUGAUUGCCCUGGACUCCUGCCUCAACAUCAACAAGCGGGCGGACGCCAAGCACAAGUACCUCAUCGCCCUCUACACCAAGGACGAGUACUUCGCUGUCGCGGCCGAGAACGAGCAGGAGCAGGAGGGCUGGUACCGGGCUCUCACCGACCUGCUCAACGAGGGCAAGGCGGCCUGCCAGGGGUCCCCCUACCGCCACCUCGCCUCCCCCUUCUCCGCCUCCUGCGGCGCGGCCGCCGCCUCCCUGGCCGCGGCCGGCGAAGACCUUAACUACGGGCUGAUCGCGCCGGCCACCGCUGCCUACCGAGAGGUCUGGCAGGUGACGCUGAAGCCCAAGGGCUUGGGUCAGAGUAAGAACCUCACCGGCGUCCACCGGCUCUGCCUCUCGGCCCGCACCAUUGGGUUCGUGCGCCUCAAUUGCGAGCUGCCCUCGGUCACGCUGCAGCUGAUGAACAUCCGCCGCUGCGGCCACUCCGACAGCUUCUUCUUCAUCGAGGUGGGGCGCUCGGCCGCCACCGGCCCCGGCGAGCUCUGGAUGCAAGCGGACGACUCGGUGGUGGCCCAGAACAUCCACGAGACCAUCCUGGAGGCCAUGAAGGCGCUGAAGGAGCUGUCCGAGUUCCGGCCCCGCAGCAAGAGCCAGUCCUCCUCCUCCUCUUCCUCCGGGGGGGCCGGCGGGCCCGGCGGCAGCGGCGCCUCCGCCACUCAUCCCAUCACCGUGCCCGGUCGCCGGCACCACCACCUGGUCAACCUGCCUCCCAGCCAGACCGGCCUCCUCCGCCGUUCCCGCACCGACAGCCUCGCCGCCGGAGCCAGCACCAAGUGCACGCCGUGCCGGGUGAGAACGGCCAGCGAGGGCGACGGCUGCCGGGUGGGCUCUGCGGCCGGCAGCCCUAUGAGCCCGGGCCCUGUGCGGACCCCCCUGAGCCGCUCGCACACGCUCAGCGGCGGCGGGGGCCGGCAGGCAGGGAAGCUGCUCCCGGUGCUGGCCGGCGGUGGCGGCGGCGGGCUGCAGAGCAGCCGUUCCAUGUCCAUGCCCGCCUCCCACUCGCCCCCCUCCGCCACCAGCCCCAUCAGCCUCUCCUCCAGUAGCGGCCUCGGCUCCGAGCCUGCCCACCCGCAUCACCCGCAGCGCCCGUCCAGCGGCAGCGCCUCCGUGUCCGGCUCCCCCAGCGAUGCCGGCUUUAUGUCCUUCGACGAGUACGGCUCCAGCCCAGGCGGUGACCUCCGGCCCUUCUCCUCCUCCUCCACUGCCAGCAACCGCAGCAACACCCCCGAGUCGGUGGCCGAGACCCCCCCAGUGCGGGACCCGGGGGGCGGCACCGACCUCUACGGCUACAUGGCGAUGGAGCGGCCCCCGAGUGGCCGCCUCUGCUACCGGCCCUGCCCCGACGCUGCCGGCGACAGGUGCCAUCGGAAGCGGACCUACUCCCUGACCACGCCGUGCCGGCAGCGAGCCGCCGCGCCGCAGGUUUCCUCCGCCUCCCUCGACGAGUACACGCUGAUGCGCGCCACCUUCGCCGGCAGCGCCGGUCGCCUCUUCUCCUCCUGCCAAGCCGGGGCUUCCCCCAAAGUGACCUACACCCCCUAUCCGGAGGACUACGGGGACAUCGAGAUCGGUUCUCACCGCAGCUCCGGCAGCAGCAGCACCAAUCUGGGCCCGCCGGCAGUGGGGGGAGGAGGGGGAGAUGAUGACGGCUACAUGCCCAUGACCCCCGGUGUGGCCGCAGCCUUAGGGCAGGGAAGCCGGGGCAGCGAUGAUUACAUGCCCAUGAGCCCCACCAGCGUGUCUGCCCCCAAGCAGAUCCUGCAGCCCCGGGCAGGGGUGGGUAGCGGGUCCCCGGGGAACGGGAGCAGCUACAAGACCAGUUCGCCUGGGGAGAGCUCCCCUGACGAUAGCGGGUACAUGCGGAUGUGGUGCGGCUCCAAGCUGUCCGUGGAGAGCUCAGACGGAAGGCUGAGUAACGGCGACUAUAUCAGUAUGUCCCCUCGGGACCCCCAGAAUGGGCCCCAGGCUCCCUCCCUCACCCCCCCGGACUUCUUUUUUGCCCCUUCAGGGCAUGGGUCCAGUGAGCCCUCAAAGCCCAGCUGCUAUUCAUACAGCUCCUUACCCCGCUCCUACAAGAGCCAGGGCUUGGCAAAGGACAGCGACCAGUAUGUCUUCAUGAACUCCCCGGGCAGGAUGAUCCCGGAGGAGGCGGUGUGUGGAGCGAGCCAGUUGCCUGCGGGCACCUUCGCCCCCUCCAGCCACACGGUGCCUUCGCCCCUGCGGCACAGCCGGACCGAGAGCUUCCUUAGCCAGCGGUGCCAGCGGGUGGCCCGGCCCAGCCGCCUCUCUUUGGACACCUUGCGGACGGUGCUGCCCAGCAUGAAUGAGCACCCUCUGCCGCCUGAGCCCAAGAGCCCCGGUGAAUACAUCAACAUUGACUUCGGGGAUGCUGCCGUCUAUUCUCCGCCCUCGCUGCCUGCUGACAGCCCAGCCUCCUCCCUGGGCUCAGGCACGGGGCAGAGGCGCUCCCCUCUCUCUGACUAUAUGAACAUUGACUUCGGGUCGCAGUCACCCUCCCAGUCGGGCACGGUCUCAGUGGGCUCCUUGGAAGCUCUCUCUCCGGGUUCCUCCUCCAGCACCAGCCAGCCCAAUGGGCGCUACCUGAAGGCGGCUGUGGGGAUGGCUUGUUCAUCCAGCCCAUCGGAUGGCGGUGAUUACACUGAGAUGACCUUUGGCAUGGCCACUACCCCACCUCAACCCAUUGUUCAGAAACCAGAAAGUGCCCGAGUCACCAGCCCCACAUCUGGUGUGAAGAGGCUCACCCUCUCUGGGGUGGAGGCUUUCAUUCUCUCCAGCCCUCCCCCAGACCCUAAUCGGGGGGCCAAAGUAAUCCGGGCAGAUCCCCAGGGGCGGAGGAGGCACAGCUCGGAAACUUUCUCCUCCACCACCACUGUGACCCCAGUGUCCCCCUCCUUCGCACACAACCCCAAACGACACAACUCGGCCUCGGUGGAGAAUGUGUCCCUCAGGAAAAGCGAAGGCCUGGAGGAGGAGCAGGGUAGCAGUCCCAUGUGCCGGGAAACCUCGGCUGGCUUCCAGAAUGGCCUCAACUACAUCGCCAUUGAUGUGGUGGAUGGGUCCUUGGCAAACUGUGACAAAUCCAGGUUGAAAGCUAGGCACCUCCUGAAUGGGGGCAUCAAUGGAGUAGAGAUGAGCACCUAUGCCAGCAUAGACUUUCUGUCUCACAACCUGAAAGAAGCCAGUGCUGUGAAAGGAAGUACAGGAAGAUGGAAAAGAUGAGAGAAUCCACCGUUUGCAGAGCAAGCUUUGAACCUAAUUAAGACGAGAGGAUUGUUGAAUGCAGUGUCAGAGUUUGAAAAGAUGAAGGCUUAUUCUGAAUGACUGGAAGGGUUGAGGGCCGACCCUUAUUUGUCUCUUGCGUUUAGUUUUGCGGGGGUCGCUUUCAGGAUCCUCGCGGCGGGCCCGAGCCCGGUGCGGAUGCUGCAGCCCCCGCUCUCCUUGCCCGGCCUGGGAUGGCGGUCCCGGGCGCCAGCAGACGAUCACGCCCCUUGCUUUGCAAACGGAUUUUCCGCAGAAACGAGGAGCUUGUCUUGAGCCACCUACAGCCCCGAUUGCAGAUGAAGCCCGGUGUUGGGAAAGAGCUAUUUCCACAGCAUUCCCCAAACUGCUGACCCUGAGGGGGGUGGGGGCGGGCCCGGUUGCCGGGAAAACCCGGCGCGGGAGCGCGGCCGCAGCAGGCGGCACGCGGGAAUGGGAGCGGCGGGCGGUCAGAUAAGGAGAGGGAAACGACCGCUGUCCUUCCCAUCCUGUAAACAAAAGGAUAAUGCCGAGAACGCAGCCGUGCUCAUGUGGUGCGCGGCUUACGGCGGAGAGGGCUCAGUGCUGCUGCUGCUGCUGCGUGUGUUUGUCCAAGGACGGUUAUAGGCUUGUCUUUAUUUUAAUAUUUAAUCUGCAUGUGUGUUUGUUUUUCCUCUUUCCCGUAAGCUUCUAAACGCAGAUCACAUGGAGGAGUGGUGCGGGGAGGCUCGUUGGGAUUGACCCUAUCUGUAGGAGGUGGGCUGUCUUCUCCAGCACCUCGCUUCCCUGAGAAGGGUGCCAGCCUGUAGGGUGCACUCAGAGGUACGGGAUGCAGGGAUGGAUGGAUGCAACCAGAGUCAGGUCAAGGUAGUAAGGAAGAACCUCACACCACCAGCAUCCUCAGCCGACAGUGGGGUGGGUACCAAAAACGGGGCAUCAGGUUAAUUGCACUUGUGGCAGCAAUCUGGGAAAGUAACAGCGUGGGGAAGGAGAAAUACAUAAUAAAGGACUUCAUUGGUGUAAGUUUAAUCAAAUAAUAAACUUUUGCAAAUUGCCUAGUUUCCCUUUUGGUUUUCAUUGGGAUUUCACACUGAAGUUUGUUUAUGCAAGGCCUUCUGCCAGUGCUUAAAAAGGUCACCCAGAAUUUUGCUAAUGUAUUUGAGUUUCAAACAUUGUGGUUAGUGAAUACUAAGAAUUUUACGUUUUACUGAGAAACAUUCUGUUUAAAGAAAACUGUAUUUUGUGCAUAGAAAAGAUUACUUCAACAGUAGUAAUUUGGGUAGAUUUGAGAAAAUGUAAUUCUGUAAAAAUUACUGAUUUGCACAAGAGAGAGCUUAUAUAAUCAGCAUUGUUUGUUUAGUUUGCACUUUUUUCAAACUUUGUUUUUAACUGCGUUAGAAAAGUGAGAAGUUUUACUUCAAGAGUGGCUUGCAGUCAUUUUGAAAUGAUGGAGAUUCCAUUUCUGUUUAAUACUUAGAACAGGAGACUCUUGAGAUCCACAGUAUACAUACAAGCUCCUUGUCAUUACCUUCUCAGAAAAUUAAUAUUUUUAUUUGUGCAAAAUACAUGUAAAAAGCCAUGCAAAGAGUUAUUCUUUAAGGAUUUUGCUUUGUGCAAAAUACAUGUUAAAAAUCAGUUUGACUUCUUCCUUAAGGUCUGUAGCAGUAGUUAUAUUUUCAUGUGGAUAAAUGCUUUAAGGAAAAUUAUUUGUAUAAUUUAAAGGUGGCUGGCUUCCAUGUGUAGUGCAUUUCUCUGCUAUCAGUAACUUGCCUCUGCUGUAGGGAUUGCUUUGCUUUUGGAAAUCUCUGUCCAUAUUAUCCUGUCGUGGCAAGAACAAGGAGUGCAUCCGCAGCUGCUGUCAAAACAGAACAGUUAAAAUGUUGCUUGAAAUUGUUGCUUCAUUUGGUUCUGCUGUGUUCUAAAAAUAUGCAAAUAUUUACGAGUUGGAGAAACAAUUGCCUUCAUCUGAUAUGUAAAUAAAAUAAUACUGUUAUUGGUGGGUUCAGACCUGUUACUUGCUAAUAACUAGCCUUUGUUCUUAAACUAUGAUUUUUCUUAAACUAGUUUUUGCUUAGAAACAUGGAUGGACUGUGAAUGGAUUUCAUUAUUUAUGGAGAUGUUUACACUAAUUUUUCUCUUAAAGUAUAAAUUAUUUAUUCCAGUAUAUUUAUGAAAGAUUACAAUCAACAGUGAUGUGAUUUUUUUUAUGAUGGAUCUUAGUUCUGAAGUCAAAGUUGAAGUCAGAUAGGAGUUUUGUUUCUGUGUCAUUGGGAUUAAGAUUUUACCCUUUGUAUGUAAUCCUGGAAUUCUUAAUUAAGAUUACCAUUAAAUUUAGUGGGUGUAAAAUAGGGAGUUUUCCUUAAACUAAAUCACCAGAGUGGGUUAUCUUUAGUUUUGUUUUCUUUUCCAUUCACAGAGUGCUCUGUAGUUUCAACUUGUAAAUGUUUCUAGUAGCUGGCCUAGUUUUCUGAAAUUGAACAGAUACUAUAUGUAAUCAUGCAAAAAACCUUGAGGGCUGUUUCCCUCCUGUGUCAGUUUCUUUUGCCUUGAUUUGUUUGAAGAAGUCAUCAUCUGUAAUACAUCUGCUUAAAAUCUUAGUGAGGUGAUUUCUGAUAAUAAUGAUCGUCCCCUUGCACCUGCCUUGUAAAUUAGCUUUUAGUUUUGUGAGGGUUUUAUGGUUGCAUCUAAAUAAAAAAGCUUAUCUUAAGAAAUCUCUUUCUCUGUCUUUCUAAUGGCAUUUUAGAUUGUGGAAGACAUAAACUUUGUUUCCUCUUUCUCUGGGAUUACUUUACACAAUAAAUUGUAUUAUUAAGUUGUUUUUUUUGACCUCUUCAUAUGCCAACUGCCAAAAAGUUUUGGUUCUCAGAGUGACAUGAGAAUGUUCAUCCCUUUAACACAAUUAAUGCUCAUUUUAAAAUUUACUUGUUGAAAGUAUUAAAAGAACUAUAUGCUGUGUUAGAAAUCUAUACAUCUUUUUAAGUCUUUUUUGAAUAAAUCCAUUGUAGUAGUUUCUCUUACUGCUAAGAGACAUCAAACUAACAGCAGAAAGAACUGAGCUACUUUUAAUACCUUACAUAGCUUGAGUUUUUAACUCACACUUAGAAUUAAAAAUUUGAGGUUUUCUUUUAAACAUCUCAAAAUUCACUUACGAUUUUUCAGGUGUCACUUUGCAGGUGACCAAACCAAAAGGGUUGGAUCUGAACCUAGCAGUGCCACUCAUGAAACACAAAAUGUAAACUGAAAUUAUCUGGGAUUAAAUGAAGCUUUUCAUAUUUUAAAUUAUGUUGAUUAUAUGGGUGCCAGCUUGUUACAAGCAGAUAGAAUAUCAAGACAUCUAUCAGACUUUUUUUUUUGUUUUAUAUUUUAAAUCAUGUUUAGCUGUACUGCUCAUAGGAAGAAUGUCAUGGUUACUUUCAGUCAUUUAAGAUAAAUUGCUGUAGACCAAAUUGAAUGGUGGGUUUGUUCUAAAAUGAACCAGUACAGUCAUUGCUCAAGGCAGAGGAAAUUCUUAGGUUGAUGAUUGCUUCUGAUUACUUGAUUUCUUUCAAGAUAGCUACAGAGACUAACGUUCGUUUGUAAGUAAGAA